AUGUCGACGACCAAAGGUGCCUCGCCAAUCGAAUCCAUUCGAGAGUGCGAAACCGCGAGGUACGAUGAAUUACUUCGCGCCACAUGUCGCCCAAUCGGCCAAGUCACCAGCGCAGACCUCUCUGUGUGCCCCGAUCCGAUUCUCACAAGUCUUGCUCAGCUCGCGACUUACCGCACCGCGACAGAGAGAUCACUCAUAUCUUUAUUCGACAAGAACGAACAAUACAUCAUUGCCGAGGCGACCCCCACAACGUCCUUGAUACCGAACCUUGCAACGGGUCAAGAUGGCGACGAGUUCUGGCUUUCUGGAACACACAUAGCACGCAAAGAUGGUGUCUGUGAUUAUACAUUACGGGUCAUCGAGGACACGUUGCACGAAACUGGGUCUGACGAACUCCCUGCUGUCAUAGUUCAAGAUCUAGUCACGGAUCCUCGAUUUUCCUCAAGCCCCUACUGCCAACCCGGUACCAUUGCCAGGUUCUACGCCGCUGUGCCAAUCCGAUCGCCUCGUGGCGAAUCUCAACCUACUCCCUAUGAGUUGCGGCCUGCCAUAAGAACCUUUAAUUCCGAUAGUCCAGAGAUCAACCACAAGAGCUCGGUAGUCACCAAUCCAUUCCUCCAAGCAGCCAUUGUCAUUGCAGAGUCUCUCCAAAUCGAUGCGUGUAUGUUUUUCAGUGGAGAUUCCCGUGAGUUGCACGCCGCAAAUUCAUCCGCGACCAAGACCGAAGACAAGAACUCUCUCGAGACAUCGCCGCACAGUCCCAUUAUUUGCAGUGGUGACAAGAUGAAGCAUCAUGUAGCUGUUCAGUCAUUACUCCCUUGCCAGGUCCUUGGUUCAUCAAGUGCCGACAGCACCAAUCUUUCCAGAGACAGUGCCUUAUCCCAAAUGUUCCUUGCACAACUCUUUAAAAGAUAUCCAGAAGGCUGCGUGUUUGACUUCCGGUCGAACCAGAAUGUCAACUUCAAUCGACCACCUACCUCGGAAGACCAUGCACGCCCUGACACCAAACAAGACAGCCAAGGGUUUAAACACUCGAGAGCCAACUCAGACGACGGUCUGGACGAACUAAUUCAUGAGAAAACCCAUGUUCUAAACGCCUUCCCCAAUGCUCAGACUGUCGCUUUCACCCCGAUCUGGGAUCCCCAAAAGGGCACUUGGGCGAUUGGCGGCUUUAUGUGUUCAACAAAACCUCACUUUGAGUUUGACAAGGACAGCGAACUGCCAUUUUUGCGGGCCAUUGGAACUCUUGCAGCAUCAGAAGCAUUUCGUUUGGAAACUUCAGCCGCUGAUAAAGCCAAGUCAGACAUCCUCGGGUCAAUUUCGCACGAGCUAAGGUCACCUCUCCAUGAGCAUCUACUGGACUUUUCCAAAGUGAAUCAAACUGCGCAACAACAAAACCCACUCAACAGCGUUCAGAAUCAGUCGAACCCGAACGGUACCGGCGCAGGGGGCUUGGCCCGCCCUGUCAGUCUUGAUCUCCUUGUUGAGGAUGUAAUGGAGAGUGUCUCUGCUGGCCAUGACUACCAGUGUCUGUCGAUGGCGGAAGUCUUCGUUAACUCGAAGCCCCGCAAACACUCUGAUAUACGCGCUAUUCGUCAGUUGGAUUCGAUGCAGGCUGCUGAAGAGCUCAACCCUACAGGCAGUAGCAAUGACCUGGAUCAACUGCAGAAACGGGACGUUUCUGUCUUCUUGCUCUAUGAUCCGGCUUGUUCGUGGUAUUUCCAUACGGUUGCAGGGGCUAUACGUCGCAUUGUCAUGAAUAUAUUCGGAAACUCUCUGAAAUAUACGUCGCAAGGCAUCAUCACUGUUUCUCUCACUCAGAGUGAACCCUCAAUUGCCGGAAGUCAAGAGCGAACGGUGACACUGGUUAUUGAAGACUCGGGACGAGGGAUCAGCGAGGAGUUUCUCAAAAACGGUAUUUUUAAACCGUUCUCACAAGAAGACGAACUCUCGACUGGCACAGGUUUAGGACUGAGUUUUGUUCAAAAGCUCACAUCCCAGCUUGGUGGCAGAAUCUCUAUUGUUAGUCAGCACAACGUCGGUACUAAAGUCACUGUGUCAUUGCCCUUGACCUUAUCACCUAUUCAAGAGCUGCCAGCAGAGCAACCCGCUGAGGGUCAAAACACAUGUCGUGGUCUACGUGCUCGAGUGGUCAACAAUGUCAAAAGUCUAGGCCAUGCGUCUCCGAUAGUCUCAGCGGAGGAUGCUGUGCUCGAAACGUUGUGCUGCGACCAUAUUGGCAUGAAACUGUGUACCGAAUCUGAUGCUGAUCGCCUGGCUCCCGACGUUAUCAUCGUCACCAACCCUACGAUAUAUGAUCUUUGUCGUCCAGCCAAGCCAUGGCGUGGCUUACCAGUUAUUGUUCUUUGCUCCAACGCGCUGGUCGCCCACAAGUAUGAAUCAGCUUGCAAACUAGCUGGUCAAACGCAAUUACACGAUUUUAUUUCGCAACCCCUCACUCCACUGAAAUUGGAAAAGGCCAUAUCAAGGGUGAUAGGGUUGUGGGCUGAACUACAAGAUGCGCCUCGGAUGUCUGUGCCGAUGCCGCUACACAGCCCGUAUACUCCUGAUACUUCUGCAACAACAUCACUUCCAAGCCCAUCAGAAACAGCGUCCUUGGGUAAACCAGCAACACCAGCCACAAUAAACAGUCCAUUUGGAACUCUAACUGUGGCUGAUAACUAUUUCCAGGUCCCUCGGUUUCUACUAGUUGAAGACAAUCCGAUUAAUCUGAAAAUACUUACAUGUUUUAUGAACAAGUUGAAGCAGCCAUAUGAAACGGCAACAAACGGUGAGGAGGCUGUUGCUUCCUAUAAAGCGAAUCCAGGUUUUUUCUCAUGUGUUUUAAUGGAUAUAUCGAUGCCAGUCAUGGACGGACUUGAGGCAACUCGCCAAAUACGCGCUUUCGAGCGGUAUAGCAAUCUUUCACCCGCUUUGGUGUUGGUCAUCACUGGGUUGGGAUCUCAAAGUACACGAGAUGAAGCUACCCGUAGCGGAGUAGACUCUUACAUUACCAAGCCCGCCAAGCUUAAAGAACUAAAGGAGGUCCUCAAGAGUCACGGAUUUACUAUUUAG